AUGGACUUACCUAAAGUCAAGGGGGAGGCAAUACCAACAGAAGUAAUUGAUAUUAGUUCUCCAAUUGAAACGGAGACAUUAUUAAAUACUGAAGCUGGAGGUAGAAUAUCAUCUGAAUCUGACACAUCUGAAUCAACUAAUACUGAGAGUAAUGAUGAAGUUCCUCAGGAGAAUCCUAUGGAAUUUGUAUAUCCAAUGUCUGAAAGUAAUAUCGUGAUACCCCCUACAUCUCAGACAUCUACAAAUCAUGAUAUAGAUGUAGAAAAUUCAAUAACCCACACUUUUAAUCCUAAACCAAGUUUUUUUCAAAGACUUGUUAUUGCUCGUGAUACUGAAACCUUAAAAGAAUAUAUUCAUAGCCCUCUAAGAUAUAUGAUAAAUGACAGAGAUGCUCUAGGAUGCUCAGCACUACAUUUAGCCCUGUUGAACGCAUAUCCUGAUAUAUUAGAAAUGAUCUUGAGUCCUCCAAUUCCAGAAGAGCCUAUUCGCUGUGUACAAGAUAAUGGAGAUGAAAAUAUAACAGAUUCAGAAUCAAUAGAUCUUGCCACUGAGCAAGGAGGUAUAAUUCCAAUUGAUUUAACUACUCCAUAUAAUGGAAUUCCAGUAAUCCAGUUAGCUUUAUGUAAAUCAGUAUUUGCAGAUAGGUAUGAAGACUCCUUGAGGUGCUUGGGUUUAUUAUUACCAUAUACAUUACAGAAUAAUAAUUCAUCUCAUACAACACAGUUAGAUAUAAAUGCAAUUGAUUCAUCAGGAGCUACAGUACUUCACUUAGGCUGCAGCUUUGGAGAUUCCAGAAUUGUUUCAGUACUACUUGAAUAUGGAGCUUUAGCUACAUUAGCUGAUCAUUCAGGUAAUCAAGCUGUCCAUUAUGCUAUUUCAAGUAGAGAUCCAGAUACUUUAAGUGUUAUUUUAGCUCAUGGAGGUUCAGACCCAUUACAAACUUCAACUAACACUGCUAAUUUACUAAAAUGUUGCAUUGAUAAAGCUGCUUGGAGAUGUUUUUAUAUUUUAAUGUCAGAUUUAGAGUAUCAACAACAUCCUAUUUCAGAAAGUGAGUAUGAUUUGCUAUCAUUCCAUGCUCAAAAGUUGGGAUUAGGAGACGAAUUUUCAAAAGUAUUUGGGCUUUCAGUUGAAGUAGCAACAAAUGGAGAAGAUUCAGAAUUUGACAAUACAGAUCCAAAUAUUGUUGAUGGCCCAAUGGAUGGACUUGUAUCUACACAUAUUUUUACUACAAACAUUUGUUACAACCAUAUAUCAUUACCAGAACCGAUUGAUUUACCAAUUAGACGUGCCAGAAUAAUAAACAGAGUGCGUGAAAAUCCCACAAGGUUGGAUGUUUUAACCACUCCAAAUGUUGGUAUUUUACGUAGUAAUGAAUUUUCAACACUACAAUGGACAGAAUCAACCACAUCAACACUUUUAGCAGAUAUUUUGCGUGUUCAUGACUGGGCCUAUAUUAGACUGUUACAACAUAAAAUUGCAGAAAGUGCCCUAAUUUGGGAGAAACGACCAUACUCAUUUGGAAUACUAGAUGAAGAUACGGGACUCUCUCCUGGUUCAUGGGAGGCAGCUAUUGCAGCAAGUGGUGCUGUAAUCAAUGCUGUAGAUGCAAUUUGUCGUGGUGAAAAUAGAAAUGCUUUUUGUGCUAUAAGACCUCCUGGUCAUCAUAUGGGUACUUGGGGAGCUGCUCAAUCAGUUGGUCGUGAUGAUGGUUCUCCAUCUGGAACCCAGGGAUUUUGUUUAUUAAAUAAUAUUGCUAUAGCGGCUGCUUAUUGUAGAUAUAUGUAUGCAAGUCAUGGAAUUGGUCGUAUUGCAAUUAUUGAUUUUGAUAUACACCAUGGAAAUGGAACUGAGCAAAUUGUUCGUAAUAUUGUACCCAAAGAUAGACAUAUCAAAACUAGACUGAACCCAUGCCCAGGUAUUGAAUUAAACUUUCAACAAGAUAUAUCAAGUUACAAGAUAUGGCGUGAUGAGACAGAUUCAAGCAAUAUAUUUUUCUCUAGUAUUCAUGCAUACGAUGGGACAUUCUAUCCGGGUACUGGACCAGAAGAAUAUUCAACUCAGCCAUAUAUUUGCAAUGUUGCACUACCUGAAAAUACUAAUUCACAUAUAUAUCGUUCCAAAAUCAAAAAGUUACUUCUACCAAAGUUGCUUCAAUUUAGACCUGACAUUAUCUUUAUAUCAGCUGGAUUUGAUGCACACUUUAUAGACACUAUUGGUAAAGGAUUUGUGGCUUGUACUGAAAACGAUUUUGCAUGGAUUACCCAACAGCUAGUUAGCAUUGCUAACUUGUGUUGCAAUGGGAGGAUUGUAUCAGUAUUAGAAGGUGGAUAUAAUACUAAAGGUUUGAAUUUAUCACCUUUGGCUAAAUCAGUUGCAGCUCAUGUUAGAACAUUACAAUGGACUUCCCCUAAUCUAAUGCCUAAUCCUCAAGAUUGGGAAGAUGAUGAACAAUUAGAUAUAUCUAUAAAUUAUCAGGAACAUGAAGAGGUGAAAGUUAUUGGAAACCGAUUAAUAAAUGAACAAAAACAAGCUUAUAAUGCAACUACUCAUAAUGAGGUUUAUAGUGGUGAAUCUCAAAACAAUUGUACAGAUAGUUCUAAUAUACAGCAAGGUACUAAACGUCCUAGAGUUGAAGAAUCAUCUUCUCAAACAAGUAACUGUUCAUCAAGGCCAAGGCGUGCUGCAGCAAUUAUAGCAGAAAAUAGAAUUCACAUGAAGAUACAAGCUGAACUAGAAUCUAAGGCAAGGUAUAAUAUAGCGCUAAAGAAGAGUCUUGAUGAAACAGUUGCUUCUACAGAAGAGAAUAACUAUGUAGUCCAAGGUUCAGCUAAAUCCAUUGAUAGUGAUAUAAAGGGGGAGGAUAACUAG